CGGGUUUUCGAGCAGUUGCAGACAUUUUUCAAAAACAUUUGGCAUCUCUGGUGCAGAGGGUUCGAGCGAAUAAACAAUAUAUUUGCACCAAGUAUUUUAUUUUCGUAUUGAACAAAAUCUUAUUAAUAACAUUUAUAAAACAUUUGUUCUUUAGCAAUCAUGGGAAACAAGCAAGUCAAGCAACAUUUUGAAAAUGCCCAGAAAACUGGUGUUUUGAAAAUAUCUCAAAUGAGGCUCAACGAAUUUCCAUCGGCAUUGAAAUCAUUUCCAAACGUUUUAAAAACUCUAGAUUUGUCUGAGAAUCGUUUCACUGAACUACCUGAUGAAAUCGGCAAAUUUACAAUUUUAAAACAUUUAUGUGUCAGUGGAAACAGACUUCAUUCUUUAAACGAUAAUAUCGGAACACUCGUAAAACUUGAAACAUUAAAUGCUUCAAACAACUUAAUUGAUAGAAUACCUGUUCAACUUAAUCAUUGUUUGAAUCUAAAGCAAGUUAUAUUGGGAAACAAUCAAAUAACUGACUUUCCCGUCAUGUUUUGUGGUUUGAAACACUUAGAUUUGCUGGAUUUAUCCCGAAAUAAGAUUACAAUUAUUCCAGAUUGCGUAAGCAGUUUACAAGUUACCGAACUAAAUGUUAAUCAAAAUCAAAUAUCAGAUAUCUCAGACAGUAUAUCUCGUUGCCCUAAGCUAAAAACAUUACGGAUUGAAGAGAAUUGCUUGCAAGCGAAUGAAUCGUUGUCAAAUAUUCUAAAGGAUUCAAAAAUAUGUAAUAUAUCUGCUGAUGGGAAUCUUUUCAGCUCUAAGGAAUUUGUAGAACUCGCUGGAUAUGAAAUGUACAUGGAACGAUAUACGGCAGCACGAAAAAAAAUAUGUUAAUUCAGUCUUUAGAGCUUUUUAAAUAUUUAAAUAAUGAGUGUAAAUCUGACUAAUAAAAAUAUUUAUUUGUUAUCUA